AUGACAGUGUUUCAAAAAUUAUUCGAUACUUCUAAUAACAAACUUGAUUCCUCAGAUGACAGUCAAAUCUAUAAUUCAAAAAAAUUUGUAGUAGCUGAAAAAGAUGUACCAAAUUUAUUUGACCACGGAUUAGAACAGUUCGUUAAUCCCUCUUCAAUUAGUUUCUUUCUUAAAUUGGGUUUGGGUACAAGUUGGUUGAAAGAUGAUUGUGAGAACUGGCAAGAAAAUAUAAAUUACCAGGUCUGUUUAAACGCUGUAAAUAAUUUACCAGUUGUGAACGAUGUUGCUGAGCGCGGUGUGAAAUUAAUGCAAGAAUACAAUGAUUUGUUUACGAAAGAUGAAGAUCAGAAGCAGUUUAUUAUUCAAAUUUUGGAUGAUUACAGAGUUCGAAACAUAAAAAAUACAAAAGAAAGCUUACUCAAACCGUGGAAUUGA